GUUGUUUCCUAUCGAUAUCGCAGGGACAUUGUAGUGGAAAAAAGUUUGGCAGAAAAAAUAAAAAACACCAUCGCCGGAGCCGAGCCACCGCGCGGGCAGAGGCGGUCUAUCCGGGCCCGCGAGCGGCGGGAAGUUUUUCUGCCCCAGCUCGUGACUCUGCCGAACGACACAAAGGUGGAGACCGGAUAGCGGAGGGGGGGAAACAGUCAUACACGGGGUAAGUUUGUUAGGUAGUUUAGCCUUUCCGUGCCUACGUAUAUAAAGUUUGUCUCUGCUCUUUUGUCUUUGCUUGCUUUCUUUAUAGACCUCUCAUUGUGAACUCCGAUCUCGCUCUCUUCCUCCUUUGCAUUGACUCAAAAGAAGACCUUCGCUCAGAAACAACAUUCACUCGAUCUUCAAUCCCCAUCAGCAAUCAUGGCUCCCUCCGCCGUCGAGACCCAGGACGUAAACCUCACAGCCGCAGCAAUCCACAAGAAAGAUCUCGCCCAGCCCACCGUCAACGGCACUCCCCAGGUCCAGGCUCCCCUCGACGCUUCAAAGCUCACAUACACAUACACACAAUCCCCCCGCCCCGUUCCCGAUGAAGCAAACGCUCACUCCGGCGACGAGACCAUCGCCACAGACCACAUGGUCCUCGCAUCAUGGAAGGUCUCUACCGGCUGGGCUGCCCCAGAGCUCAAGCCCUACGGACCGCUGAGCCUCAUGCCCACUGCCUCUGUGCUGCACUACGCUACAGAGUGCUUCGAGGGUCUCAAGGUUUUCCGUGGUUAUGAUGGGAAGCUCCGUGUGUUCCGCCCUGAUCGUAACGCUGCGCGUCUUCGCAUGUCGGCGAGCCGUAUCUCGCUUCCCGUCUUUGAGCCAGCAGAGGUAGAGAAGCUCAUCAUCGCUCUUCUUUCCGUCGACGGCACCAAGUGGCUUCCCGCCGAUCGCGCUGGAAGCUUCUUGUACAUCCGCCCAACCAUCAUCGGAACUGCUCCUCAGCUCGGUGUCUCUGCUCCCAAGGAGGCUCUCCUCUACAUUAUCGUGACCUACAUGCCCCGCAUGGACGCUCCCCCCGGCGGAAUGCGUCUUCACACAUCCCCCGACGACAUGGUGCGAGCCUGGGUCGGUGGCUUCGGGUACGCCAAGGUUGGCGCCAAUUACGGCCCUUCUCUGCUCGCCACGGCUGAUGCACGAACCCGUGGAUUCCACCAGAUUCUCUGGCUGUACGGUGCUCAGGGCGAGUGUACCGAGGCUGGAGCCAGUAACUUCUUUGUUGUCUGGAAGCGAAAGGAUGGCAAGAAGGAGAUCAUCACUGCUCCUCUCGAUGAUAAGCUUAUCCUUGAUGGUGUCACCCGCCGAAGCUGUCUUGAGCUGGCUCGUGAGCGUCUGGGUGAUGAGUAUGAGAUUACCGAGCGAAAGUACACCAUCGCUGAGGUCGUUGAGGCUGAUGCUGAGGGUCGUCUUAUCGAGUCUUUCGCUGCUGGUACUGCUUACUUCAUCUGCCCCGUCUCCCAGAUCCACCACCGUGGACAGGACAUCAACAUCCCCAUGGGCGCUGAGGGUGAAGCCGGCGAGGUCACCAGCAAGAUCAAGGGCUGGCUGGGUGACAUCAUGUACGGUCGCACAGAGCACCCCUGGGGCGUUGUCAUCCCCGAAAAGAAGCAGUAAACUGCCGAUUCAAAAGUGCAUUCCGAAAAGGAGCAUUAAAAGUAGAUUCAUGGAACGGCGUUAGCGGUGUUUGUUGAUACACAAAAGAGACCAGGUUGGUCAUGGGCACAUGCAUUGACAAAGAUGGAAAUGAUAGGUGCAGAUAGUUAAUGAGAUACGAAAUAGACGACCAGUUGAAAGUCAGCUCUGCUAUUGUACAUGUACAUGACGAAUUGGACAUGAGACUGCUGACACCAUAAUAGCCCACAAAUUGCUUCUAGUACAUCGUAUCGAUCAAUCGUCGAAGAGAUCCUGCAUCAUUUUCAAAGUCUG